GAUUUUUAUAAAUGUGUUUGCGUGCGAUUUGCAAUACACUUCCUUGUCAGCUGAUGGACGACGAAUUGCGCUUUGGCUGAAAAAUGUUUAACAUUAGUUGAUUCUUCGCGUUUUUCGGUUUUCGUGUAAGGAUUGGUAAAUUUUUUGCACACAGCAGGACAAUUCAAAGGUAGCUUCAGCAGGGAUCUGCUUUUUAAAAUUGCUUUAAAAUGGUAUACGUAUUUUUUGUUCAACCGGGAGAUAUGAUGACUUUUGACAAUGAAAUCUCUAUUAUGCAAAGUGUGGCAGACCUAAAGGAAAAAAUAAAACAAAUAUGUGGUAUAAACUUGGAGCAGCAAGUGUUGCUCAUAAAUGGAGGCGAGCCUUUGGACUCCACAAAGAAUUUGUGUUCUUAUAUGGCUGGAACGGACACCAAUCCGAUUUACCUAUUUAGUACAAAUUACGACAGUAGUAAAAUUAGGAUACUAGAUAAUCUUAAUUUUGAUGAUAGUGAGCUUAAGGCUAGACUCCUAGAAUGCUACGACUUACCCACGUCGCUAGCGACUGUCAAAAAGCGAGCACAAGUGGCCAAUGAUUUUUAUAACGUCGCUAAGAGACAACUAGAGUUUUGCGAGGGGUUCGUACACGACCAGCAUAUGCAGCAGCAAGGUUGGUCUGCCGUUAUCGCGAACUUGGAGGAUAUUGUUUUAGAAUUUAAAAAACGGUGGGAAUUGUACCUUAAAGCAUAUACGGAUUUUAUCGCUGAUCGAGAUACCUACAAUGUGUUCUUACAACAUUUUCAUAAAGAUAAGCAAGUUUUACAAAGAAUACCAGUAUUGGAAACUCUGCUGCAAACAGAGAAACAAUCCAUGGAAGAUUCUAAAGCUUCUGAAACAAAUAUUAGCACAUCACAGGGAACUGAUAGUUCAAAGAAUCUCAGUCUUUACGAUUGGAUAUCAUCUUCGGAUUCCAAGAGUUCAUUGGAUGAAAUCUACGAAAUGUGUAAAGCUCAUUUAUUUAAAUUUGAAACUGAAAUUAUGCCCACUUUGGAGAAGCAAAUCACCGAGACUUUGAAUUUAGCGGAAAAGCCGGAACGUAAAGAAAUUGAAGGUUUGGGAAAACGUCUUUACGAUUUAGAGGAAUUGCUCAGGAGGAUUAAGAAAUACGUAGAACAUCAAUCUGACAUGGCACAGUCUUUUCAACAGAAUCAGAAUAGAGCGAGUCACUUGAAAGACCUCAGUAUAUUACCGGACUUGUGCGCUACACAUUUGAAGCAGUUAGACUAUAUUAAAGAUUAUCAUAAGAAAUUAAUAGACGAAAGGAAUCGUAUAGUUAGAGCGAAAUGCGAGCUGAGCAAAAGUCUCUGCGGAAGGAUAUGUUGGGUCCAGCAUGUAGAAGAGAGGUUAUGGGAGCUAGACUCUUUGUUAGUAUAUUAUCACGAACACCUGCGGAGAUUAAGGCGUCACCUGGAGGUGUUUCAACAGUUACACCAAGCACCUACCGUCUACUUGAAUGCGGUGGCGGAAGUUGUUCGGAGAAGAAACUUUUCGCAGUUGUUUUUAUUGUGGGCGUCAGAUCUGGCCUGCCAACAAAUGACGAUCCAUAACGAAGAGCUGACCCGUCGGAAAGAGUUCGCGGCACAAUUCGAGGGUCAUUUUUUGACCGCACUUUUUCCCGGCAUGGGAGACAUACCUCCGUCGUUCGCCACUGAGGCGCCCUCUAUGUUCGACGCGAAGUUGCCGAAAAUUAGCGACGAAGACGUCGAAAGGUUGAGAAAGGAGGUGCCAGCCGAUUUGGCCGAUAACCUCCUAUUACCCGAUAUAUCAACCGUAUCUAAUUUGUAUUUGGGUAAAUCAGUAACGACGAAAGAAAAGGAUAAGGUCGACGACGCGAAAGCGGUGGAGGACAAGCUCAUUCAAGCGGUCUCGGAUGUUGGGCUGGCGAGCAAUUUGGAUCAGAAUCUGUUGAAAACGACAGGCAGCGAGACUUGCCUGUUUACCCCGCACGGAGUGCCCCAUCUGAAGGAUAUUGACAAAGGCUGUGAGUCAGAAACAGAUACGGAGGAGUUUGAAAAGGUGAGCCAGAGCCCUCUCGAGCUCCAUUUUGAUAAAGAAGCCAUUUCGCAGGCAGCCGCACCGCCAUCAAGUGACAACAAGCAGUUAGCAAAGAUUGUGGAAAAGCAAGAUGCUUCUACGUCCGUAGAGGAUAAUCUGCAGAUAUCCAGAACUGAGCACGACAAACUUAAGUCUCUGUUUGUUUCAAUGGGGUUUUUCGGCAAACAAGCGUCCGAUCAGCUAAGAACAGAACUGAACUGCAUAAAAUCCCAAAUUUUAAAAGAAAGGGAUGCACUAAGUCGUCACUGCGCAAGUAUCGAUAGUUCUUGGCGGAAUAAACUUGUAGAAUAUACGUCGGAAAUAGAAAAAUUACGUAAUGAUUAUGAACAAGAGGUUUUGUCAUUAAAAAAGCUCAAUGAAGAAAAAGAGAAUAAAAUUAAAACUUUAAUGGUGGAAUUAUCUCAAUUAGAAGCAACGAUAUCGGAAUAUCAAAAGGAUAAAAGCACUUUGGAAGAAAAUCUGGCUCGGCAAGUAGAAUUUCACAAUUUAAAAGUUGACGAACUGAUGAAAUUGCUUGACGGUAAAGACCUCGAAAAGGAGAAAUGUAUGAAGGAACUUGCCGAUACCUUAAAGCUGGAGCAUAAAGCUGAAAUCGAGAAUAUAAAGUCGCGGUUUAGGCUUAUGACAAUGGAGAGAAGCCCGUCCUGUUCGAGUUUGGAAAAAGAAAGGAGUGGCGAUUUUGCGAGUUUGUCAAAUCCGACUUUAUUGGCUCAGUUGACUGAGAAUUUUGAGGCGGAUAAGGAGGUGGCCGUGGCGCAAGAGCGAGAAAAGUGGAAGCAGGUUCUCGAGGAGAGAGUAAGGGAGGUGGAAAAUAAGUUUGAAGAUGAGAGGGAUUUAAUGAUGCAAGAGGUUGCCAGGCGAGUGGCCGAAGAUAAAGAUCGACAAAUAGACAUGCUGAGGGAAAGGGAGAAGAACUUGGUUUUGGAGUGCAUCAAACAUAAAACCACCAUUCAGCAACUGGCCGAAAAUGAAAGCGAACACCAGAGUGCGGAAUUUAUGGAACAAAUCGAGAUAUUAAGAACCGAAAACGAGGAACUUCAGAAAGAAUUGGAAAAAAUAAAAUGUGAGAGAGCUAUCGACGUGACCACUUCUGUGGCAGUGGUUGAAGCUAAGAUCGAUGCAGCUACAAGUCCCCUUAAAGAAUCCCAAGAUCUCUCGAGAAGCGAAAUUGGGAAUAAGCGCUUAUGGUUAAAUAUCGAUUCCUGUAAAAUUGGAGACGCAGUUCUCAUCAUAUGGGAUUUUUCGCACGAGAUUUUUAAGAUCCUUCAAGAAUCGAAACGCAUGUACUUCUUGCAUUGGGACUGCUUAGAUAAGUUAGGGUUAUCCAUUACGGACGGUAAGCCCAACAGGACGUACGUUACUGGGGAAGUUUUUUACAAAGAAUAUUGCAGCGCUCGAAAAUCGGAGAACCGUUACAAAAUUCCCAAAGGAACCAAGUUUUUCCGCGUCAAGGUCAAGCCAUUCGCGGACUUGGAGUCUUCUCAGAGUCUUUAUCAGCCGAAAGCAUCCUCAUAUCAUCAUUCGCACGGAAUGACUCAAAGCCAAUCUUCAGUGUCAGCGUUCGAACCUUUAUCCGAAGAGCAGUCCAUUAGCCAGUCGCCUCCUAGCACUCCUAGAUUGGCAGCGACGUUGGAGGAAGGUUUCGUAGAGGAUCCGGAGGAAGUGCAACCACACAGUGUCGAAAAAACAUUCGCCGAAGACAGUGGUAUUGUGGAUAGUGUAGAGCGAGCAACUAUGGCUGCGGAAGAAGACCAAAUUGUUAGUCAAACAAGUGGAAAAGAUAACCGGUGCUUGGUGAGUGAGGAAAAAUUAGGGGAACAGCGAACUUAUAUUAGCUCCAACUGGCUUGAGGCGAUGUUGCGUAGCAUGUUUAGUAAAAGCAUUGCGGACCAGUGAAUAAAGAUUUUGGAUCGUUUGCGUAACGCGAUGGCAUCCCAAAAUUCUCGCUCGUAGGUAAAUAUUUGACGGUUUUUAGUUUAGCCGCAACCCCAGAUUGUUUUAUUUAUGUGACCAAAAGUAAUUGUAAAUAUUUUAAAAAAUGAAGUAAAAGGCAACGACGUCAUCCGAUCGCUGCUGCUGAUACGGCGUAAUUCGAAAGAUAUGCGUCAACGCUAGGCCGGAGAUUGGUCAUCAAAAAAAAAAAAAAAGGAAAAAGUUCACAUAAAUGUAGUUCCGGAAAAGCUAAAUUCUCAAGAUACUAAGUGUUAAAUACUAAAAAAUUCAUUUUUUACAAAAUAUUAAUUAUUUAUAAUCAUAAAGGGCCAAUUUUCCUGGAACUCGAUUAAAAUUGGGCUGGCCCGAUAGAUGUCUUAAGAAAUAGUAUUGUCAAAUAGUUUUACGCCACUGACUUUGAAUAAGCUGGUAAAAGUACAACUAUUUUUACGUUUGAUUUGUUUUCGUACCUUGCCCUAAUAUAUGAGAAUUUUUUUAGAGCCCUUUAAUCGCAAUAAACUUAGUUCUAAAAAAUGAUGAUGGAAUGGCCAUUACUGAAUUUCUAAAAUAUUGUACGUCCCAUAUCUUAAAGAUUCUUCAGCCGAAAGUUGGCGCAUGUUUUUCGAAACACCCUGUAUGUGACAUUUUGUACACGCCUGUACAAUAACGCGGUAGUUGCAAAUAAAUCUAAAAAGAUGAACUAACUAUAUUUUCUGAUGUGCCCUAAAAAUUCUCUUACCUGACAAUGGAAAAAUUACUUUUGAUCAAAAUAUUAUGUACUUAACCGCAAUGGGCUGUAAUGUAAGUUCAAAUCUUUGUUGGUUGGGUUUUUUUCGGAUAUUUCGUUUGAGUAGUUAAGGUAAAUAUUUUUGUAUUUCUUGGUAGAAAAUAUUGAGUGUAGUUUUCUUUUAGGUCGAUAUUGUUUUUUAAUUGAUUGGUAUCUAAAAUGUAAUAGGUAUGCUUAUAUUUAUUAUUUCAAUGAAAAACAAUUUGCGCAGGUGUAAGAAAUAUGAGUUAUUUUUUAAGAUGUUUCUGCUUACUCCUCUACGAUUUUUAAAAGUUAGAACUUAGACUAGAAUAAUUGUUUUUGUGAUAUGAAAUGCCUUUUUCGACGAGAGUAUCAAACGAUAAUGAACGGUUGUGUAUUUUCUCCUAUUGUGUUUCCUCUUAUGCGCUUGUUCGAGUGUAAGUUACCUAGUUUCAGUUCACUUUGGUUUAAUCUAAAAUCAAAAAGUGCUUUUUUAUUUUGUAAAACUACUAUUUUUAGUUGGCAGGGGCUAGACCACACACGUAAAAGAUGAUAUCACUUCUACAAAAUUUUAAAUUAUUUUUUUUUUAGUAUAUUUUGCUUGUUGUUGAUUGUGGUCUGCGGUCUGGAUCUUCAGAUAAAGGAAAUCAAAGGAGUGGGGUUCGGUUAUGCCCGACUGUUUUGAUAAAACGUUAAUAAACUCUGGCCAUACCGAGUUGACUGAACAAUCCGUCACGGAAGUUGUUCAUCAAGUCGUGUUAAUUGUGCGAUGUCUUAAUGUAAAUACAGUGAUUUUUUAAACGUUAGUUAUGUUUGUAUACGCGACUUGUUUUGUUUAGCAAACUUGUAAAUAUACGCGGAAAUUUUUUAUAACAAGCCAUGUGCAAUAAAACAUUGAAAACUU